CAAAAUUAUAAUAAUAUUUUCAAAAACCGGAAACGUUUUAUUUGUACCGGAAGUUGAUUCGGCGUUUCCGUUUCGGUUGCUGCUCGCUAGCUUGUUGUUGGAGGUCAUAGAGAGCAGCCAUGGGUGGGGAUCACGGCCACAGCAAGCUGCCCAUGCCAGACUACAAGGCUUGGAAAUGUGAGGGGACUCCCCUGGAGCUGACUCAGCAAAGGCUCGCUCGGAGAGGACUCAGGGACCCUUGGGCGAGGAACGAAGCGUGGAGGUACUCCUUCGGUCCCCCGGUCAGUUUCCGCGAAGUCCUCAUGCGUGGAUUUAGAACGGGAUUGGUCGCCUUCGCAGUGGCCCUGGCUGUCGAGUACACGUUCUUCCCUCCGAAGAAGUCGGAGCACUGAGCGCAGAGGGAGAACUCACCUGCCCUGAAGAGACUCUUGCAUUCACCGCAGGUUAAUAAAACACCUGUAAUGAAUGAUUCCUCUUGUAUUUAGGACACCGCGUGACCUGCUGAAUGAGAAAUAAACCCAUAUUACGCCA